AUGCCCGAAAAUCAAGUGAAAGCGGAUCAGCAUCGCUUGGUGAUAUAUCCAGCAACUGUUUUGAAUGUAGUCAAUUGGAAAAAUUUGGAUUCGCUCGAUGAUGCUACAAGCAACCCAGGUAGACGUGUGCUCCAGGGCAGUGUGGCAGUUCUUCCUUUACCCUUCACUCAUCCGGGCGUACAUAACGGUCCACCUGUGCCCUUCGAAUCUACGAAAAGACAAGGCGAAACUUCCUAUAACUUGUCGCUCACUCCUUUCUUCAUCUUGCCCUAA